GGCCAUGCCAUAGGAAUGGGCUGGAGCACGCCAUUACCCAGCAUUGCUGUCUAUUGCCCCACCCCGGCAGCGUGCUCCCGGCUUGGGGCGGCUCACACUGGAGGAAACAGGUGUGGGGACGAGAAGGGAGCCAGAGCCUUCCUUCCCAUCUCUCAAAGGUCCCUGCACCUUGCUGCAGUGAUGCCGGAUCUGCCUUUCCUGCCUUUCUGCGCCUUCCUGGGGAGCCUGGGGCUGGGCUGCAUGGCCUUUGUCAGUGUGUGGUGCCAGCACUGGCGCGGUGGCUUCGCUUGGGAUGGCAGCGCCCGCAUGUUCAAUUGGCACCCGGUGCUGAUGGUGACGGGCAUGGUGGUGCUGUAUGGAGCAGCGGCUCUGGUGUACCGCCUACCCCCGACCUGGCGUGGCCCCAAGCUGCCCUGGAAGAUGCUGCACAGCACACUAGCAUUGAUAGCCUUCAUCCUUGCUGUGCUGGGACUGGUGGCUGUCUUCAACUUCCACAAUGCAAGCGGAACGCCCAACAUGUACUCGCUGCAUAGCUGGCUAGGACUGGGCACCAUACUGCUCUUCUCCUGCCAGUGGGUGGCUGGCUUCAGUGCUUUCCUGCUGCCCUAUGCACCGAUCUGGCUCCGCGCCCUCUACAAGCCCAUCCACAUCUUCUUCGGCUCCACCAUCCUUAUGCUCUCUAUGGCCUCCUGUGUGUCAGGCAUCAACGAGAAGCUCUUCUUUAGCCUGAAGAAUGGGACAGCGUCGGUACCAUACAAACUCCUUCCCCCUGAGGCCGUAUUUGCAAACAUUUUGGGGCUCCUCAUCAUCCUCUUUGGGGUGCUGGUGCUGUGUGCCCUGGCCAAGCCCAGCUGGAAGCGCCCUGGGGCCGACUCCCUUGACACUCACCAGCCUCUGCUUGGUGCUGAGCACUGACACUUCUGAGGUCUCUCCUAUUGCUGCCAGGCCCAGGCUAUCUGAUCCUGGCUCUGAUCCCCCAUGCCUGGACUGCAAUCUGUGUCAAAGCCCUGCAGUGCCAUCCUGAGAGCUCUGUCAGGUCAAGAGCUGAUAGAGAAGCUCUCUGUGCCAAGGGACCUGGCCCAGGACAGACUGCCCUGGCUUCAUCUCCUCUGUUGGAACAGCAAGAGCCUUUGCACCAUGCCUUGCCUGUUGUAGGGAUGCUUGUGUGGAGGUAGAACCAACCCAGCAGUAAAUGGACACCUAAUAAACUGCUGGCUUCCUUUCUCA